UGGGCUCAGCAGCAGCAGCAGCAGGUAGUCAGAGAUGGCUGCCCCCACGGAGCGGUGCCGCGGCGGUGGCGGAGGCGGAGGACGGUUAGCUGGCUGUCCGCGGACGGCGAGGCCUUGGUGGCGGCUCGCGGUGCUCCUGUUCUCCGUGUCGUCCCUGCCGGCGGUCACCGCGCUGGUGGAGGGCCUCUACUGCGGCACCGAGGUCUGCUACGAUGUGCUCGGCGUCACCAGGGAGGCCGCCAAGGCUGACAUCGCCCGGGCUUACCGGCAGCUGGCCCGCCGGUACCAUCCGGACCGGUUCAGGGUGGGAGAGCCCGGCAUGGAGGGAGAGACCAUGGAGUCCGCACAGAAGAAGUUCCUGUUGGUCGCCACCGCGUACGAGACGUUAAAGGAUGAGGACACUCGGCGGGACUACGACUACAUGCUGGACCACCCUGAGGAGUACUACCAGCACUACUACGCCUACUACCGCCGACAGCUCACACCCAAAGUGGACGUCAGGGUCGUCAUCCUGGUCACCAUCUGUGCCAUCUCCAUCUUUCAGUACUACAGCUGGCACAGCAGCUACAACGAGGCCAUCAACUACCUGGUGACGGUCCCCAAGUACCGAAUCCAGGCCACGGAGAUCGCCAAGCAGCAGGGGCUCCUCAACCGCACCAAGGAGAAGGGCAAGAACCGCCGCUCCAAGGAGGAGAUCCGGGAGCAGGAGGAGGAGGUGAUCCGCGACAUCAUCAAAAACAAGAUCGACAUCAAAGGAGGCUACCAGAAGCCCAACCUGUCGGACAUCCUGCUGUGUCAGAUCGUCCUCUUCCCCUACUACCUGACCAACUACGUGACCUGGUACGUCUCCUGGAUUUACCGCUUCACCAUCUGCAGGGAGGAGUACGGAGACGAGGAGAAGCUCUACAUCAUCAGGAGAUACAUGAAGAUGUCUCAGUCUCAGUUCGACAGUCUGGAUGAAAACACCAAACAGACAUUCAUGGAAAAACAGCUGUGGAUCAAAGAAAACUUCGAGGUGCAUAGAAAGGAGCAGGAGGAGGAGAUGAAGGUGAAGAUGGCGACUGACCCGAGGAUGAAAAGGUACCGCCGCUGGAUGAAGAACGAGGGGCCGGGCCGGCUUACGUUCAUCGACGACUGACGUCCUGGAGCUGCGCCUGUAACAUACACACCUGCCUCAGUGCCAACAUACAUGGACAACACACACACCGCGCUGUGUGGAGAAAGACCUGUACAGAAAGAUUAACUAUGCCUGUUUAUACGGUGAGAGAUAUUUUCAUAGCGAUCAGGCCUCAUGGCGGGGGGCGAAUACGAGGAAAAACUGUGAGCUGCUGUGGGCUUCAGAUUUUUGAGUAGUUUUUUACAUUGUGCUAUUUUUGCCCCCAAAACCAAAAUCUAAAGUUUAAUUAUUUUUUUUCUGUAAUUUUCCCCAAGCUUUUCUUUUUGUCUCUCCUGCUGGAUGAAUGAGCUUUGGUGCCUGAAUUUUUGUGAAUGAUUUUCUGUUGGAUAACUGAGACCAGAAGGCUAACAGUUUGGCUCCUGCAAGAGCCAGCAGUUCUGUCAAAGUGUCCUUGGGCAAGGCAUCGGACCGCCACCUGCUCACUCUGUAUGAGUCUGCUAUCAGUCUGAAGUGUAUGAAUAGUGAAGAGUGUUAACAUUAUUUGUUUUUCAGGUGAAUAAACCAGAGCCAGAGAGUAUUUUACAAGAACAGUUGUUAAAUCUUUUCUUCCCCAGAGUCAGAUGAGACGCAUAUCAGUAUUCAGGAGUUAUUUAGCGUAGCUUAGAACAAGACGAGUGCUGUAUCUCAAAGCGGAUACUUCGUCAAUACAUUUACAUGUAGUAUACUACGCACACUAUGUACUUACUGAGCUCAAGAUCAGAUCAAACAAGGCAACAUCAUAGAGCUGCGUGCUGUGAAUCGAUUCACUUUAACAGGUCAUGUGACUGUUGGGACAGAGUCACAAGCUCUUUCUACACAGAGAUGGCGCUAUAGAGCCGCUACAAAGUCCCCUCUUUACGCCUCCUCUGCAUUUUUACACACAACCAAACGACAGCGGCAUAGUUACACUCAAUUGUGUGAUAAUACACGUCAUCACAGCUUUGCUGGAGGCGUGACAUUUAAGACAACUGUGUGGGCUUCUAGUGUGACAUAAAUCAUACGUGUCAGCAGCACUUUCUAAACAACAAUGGCAAUAACGUUUCAGUAACAUCAUCAUCAUCAGCUCAGAGGGUAAGGAGCUCCCAAAACUGUUGUUUUCACAAUUUGCAGACAUUUUCGGCCACUGUUCUUCUUAUUUGAGUUAGCCGCUAACUGCUAUCAGCUACUUUGAAAAUCUCCUGCAGUGGGUCACACGCUUAACACCUCAUCAAAAUGUCUCACCCGUGCCACCCAUGAUCCGGUCGUUCAGGCCAUCGCAAAAAAACUCGUUCCCCCUUUUUCAUGAUUAUACCUUCUAUUCAGAACAGUCAGGCGGCAUGAUAUCCCUGUCCUGAACAGGCAGUAUAAAAAGGGCUACACACCCUGUGACAGGGCUAACUGUUAGCAUCACAAAGCUACUGCUAUGCAACGGUUACUAACAGGUUCAACAACAGAGUCGACAGAAAAUGAAUGGAUGGAUGUCAUGUAAUCAGGCAUUCCAAAAACAACCUGCAAAAUCCUGCAAAGACUGUAACGUGCCACUGUUAGCAAGCUUCCCUUAGCAUUUGCAUUAUCGUUCGCGGUACUAAACUAUUACAGAAUUAACCCAAUAAACAGACUGAUGGCUUCUCGCUGACGAUAGUAUAGUGGUAGUAAAAAAAUACACCUGAACAACUGUACAAAGCUUCGGUUUUCGCCCAACAUUUGUCAAGUUUAAAAUGUGUUUGUGAUCCUCUCUUUCGGCUACGUAGGCAACACGGCAACCAUUUAGGGUGAGAAGUAUCUAACGUUCCACAGUGAACUUUUCUGACUGUUAUAAGUGCACCAUCCUGGUAGUCAUAUCGCACUGCAUUUUGCCGUACUUCUUAAAUGCACUCUGAAGCAUCUGAUUUGAGACGCAGCACAGGAGCAGGGCGAACAGCCUAGCUCUGAGAAUAUCCAAAGCUGUCUGGUUUACAUGUUCAUAUCUUGUUUGUUCAAAUGUAAAAAAGAGACCGUUGGUGAUGAGCUAAGAUACGAGAAGGAAGUGGUGAAGAGAUGGAACUGAUAUCCAUCUUUUCUUCUGACUCUGGGGAAGACGACAAACAGCAGGUUCCUUUGCUGACCAGAAGAACGUGUCAAAUGUACAAAAAACACAAAGAGAAGCGCAAACUGGAGACACUGAUAAACUUUAAACACUUCUCUCUUCUGAUCUGAUCUGAGGUUGAAGCGUUUUUAUCAGGACAAAAAGCAGAAGCAAAAAGAGCCGAGCACAUUUGUCUGUCUUACUGUGUCAAUGGAAGCCAAAGCGACAGCUGCGAGUGUCUGUACAUUGUACAACGGCAGAUGUUUCUCACGCAGGGGGUGUUACGGUGGUUCCUGCUCUGUUUCUUCAUACGUUCAGGUGACCCCUCAACUGUUUACCGCAUCUGAAUAACUUACUAAAUAUUAUUUAUUGGUUCACAUUUCACUGGUCUUUUUGUUGUCAUUCUGGUGUUGAGGCGGCAUUAAACUCAUACUGUAAUUACACAUGCAUACAGUCUAUGGUAUGGACACAGCAAAGUAGUUUUUCUAAUAAAUACAUUUUAAAAUA